AUGCUCCGGGUGAUCGUGGAAUCUGCUACCAAUAUCCCUAAAACCAAGUUUGGGAAACCUGAUCCUAUCGUUUCUGUUAUUUUUAAAGAUGAAAAAAAGAAAACAAAGAAAAUUGACAGUGAACUCAAUCCUGUUUGGAAUGAGAUUCUGGAAUUUGACUUGAAAGGAAUUGCCCUGGAUAAUUCCUCUUCCCUAACAAUUAUUGUGAAGGAUUUUGAAACAAUUGGACAAAACAAGUUAAUUGGCAGUGCAUCCGUAGCCCUGAAGGAUCUUGUAGGUAACCAAAGCAGAUCUUUUCCAUUCAAACUCAUACCUCUGCUAAAUGAAAGGGGACAAGAAACUGGAGCAACAAUUGAUUUGGUAGUAGGAUAUGAGCCACCAGCUGGACCUGCAAGUCCAAAUGAUCCAGGAGGGACCAAUACACAAGAAGCUGAUGGAGAAGAGGAUGGAGGUUAUGAGGAUGGAUUGGAUAGUCCAGUUGGUGGUAUCACACCAACAGUUCCAGGUGGCACGAAGGAAGCCCAGCUAGCUAAACGCAUUGCCAAAGGAAAGAAAACACGGAGAAUCCUUUCUAACAAACCACAAGAUUUUCAGAUUCGCGUUAGAGUCAUUGAGGGUCGUCAGUUGCCUGGAAAUAACAUAAAACCUGUAGUCAAAGUUCAUGUUUGUGGUCAGACACACCGGACAAGAAUCAAAAGGGGAAAUAACCCUUAUUUUGAUGAAAUAUUUUUCUACAAUGUCCACAUGACUCCUUUAGAGCUGCUUGACGAAACCAUUAGCAUUCGGGUGUAUGAUUCUUACUCACUCCGAGCAGACUGUCUAAUGGGUGAAUUUAAGAUUGACAUUGGCUAUGUUUAUGAUGAGCCUGGCCAUGCAGUCAUGAGAAAAUGGCUUUUGCUGAGUGAUCCUGAAGACACAAAUUCAGGACCCAAAGGCUAUAUGAAAGUCAGCAUGUUUGUCCUGGGGACUGGAGAUGAGCCACCAGUUGAAAAAAGGGAGAGAGAUAAUGAGAGUGAUGAUGUGGAGAGCAAUCUGCUAUUACCUGCUGGAAUUGCACUUCGAUGGGUCACUUUCCUUCUCAAGAUCUACAGAGCUGAGGACAUUCCUCAAAUGGAUGAUGCUUUUGCACAGACUGUCAAGGAAAUUUUUGGAGGAGAAGCAGACAAGAAAAAUCUGGUAGAUCCAUUUGUAGAAGUUUCUUUUGCUGGGAAAAAGGUUUGCACAAAUAUAAUUGAGAAAAAUGCUAAUCCAGAGUGGAAUCAAAUUAUUUAUCUCCAAAUCAAGUUUCCCUCAAUGUGUGAGAAAAUAAAACUCUCAGUUGUUGACUGGGAUCGUCUUACAAAAAAUGAUGUGGUGGGAACAACAUAUUUAAGUCUCUCAAAAAUUGCUUCUUCUGGAGGAGAAGUUGAAGACUUUUCAUCUUCGGGAACAGGGUCUUCAUCAUAUGAAGUAAACACUGGAGAAACUGAAGUUGGCUUUUUACCAACAUUUGGGCCCUGUUACCUAAACUUUUAUGGAAGUCCAAGAGAGUACACUGGAUUCCCAGACCCAUAUGAUGAGUUAAACUUUGGAAAGGGAGAAGGAGUUGCUUAUAGAGGGAGAAUUCUAGUUGAACUAUCUACAAUACUUGAAAGCAAGCCUGUUAAUAAAAAAUUAGAGAUGAUUCCUAGUGAUGACUUGCUGGUUGUUGAGAAAUACCAGCGGAGAAGGAAGUUCUGCCUUUCUGCUGUGUUUCAUUCUGCUACCAUGCUGCAAGACACUGGAGAGCCUAUCCAGUUUGAAGUUAGUAUUGGUAACUAUGGCAAUAAGUUUGAUACCACCUGUAAACCUUUGGCAUCAACAACUCAGUACAGUCGUGCUGUUUUUGAUGGUAAUUAUUAUUACUACUUGCCAUGGGCAAACACAAAGCCAGUUGUAACGCUGACUUCCUUUUGGGAGGAUAUAAGUCACAGAUUAGACCCUGUGAAUAUAAUCCUACACAUGGCUGAAAGGCUGCAAUCCAACUUAGCCACCUUAAAAUCAGGAAUGCAGGCUAAAAUUUCUGAGAACCGAUUAGCUGAGAUGUGGUUGAAGCUGAUUGAUGAACUUACAGAAGACAUAAGUAAACCAUUUCCCCUCAUAGAAGGCAAAUGUAAUAUUACAGUCCUGGACACUCAGAUAGAAAAGCUGCGCCUCAAGUCUCUCAAACAGAUUGGAGAAGCAGCAGCAAGGAUGAGAAAUGAAGCUACUGAUGUGAAAGCCACUCUGACAGAAAUUGAGGAUUGGUUGGAGAAAUUACUGCAGCUGAGUGAAGAGCCACAGAACAGUAUGCCUGAUGUAAUCAUAUGGAUGAUCCGAGGGGAGAAGAGACUGGCCUAUGCUCGUGUUCCUGCACACCAAGUGCUGUAUUCCACAACAAGCCCUGAAUCAUCUGGUAAAUAUUGUGGAAAGACCCAAACGAUCUUCUUAAAGUACCCACAGGACAAGACUAAAGAUGUCAAAAUGCCUGCAGAGUUGCGAAUCAACAUUUGGCUUGGGCUCAGUGCAGUUGAGAAGAAGUUUAACAGUUUUGCAGAGGGAACAUUCAGUGUUUUUGCAGAAAUGUAUGAAAAUCAGGCUCUCCUUUUUGGAAAGUGGGGCACCUCAGGACUUGUUGGUCGCCACAAGUUUUCUGAUGUCACAGGAAAAAUCAAACUGAAGAGAGAAUACUUUCUACCCCCAAAGGGCUGGGAGUGGGAAGGAGAAUGGAUGGUUGAUCCUGAAAGAAGUUUGCUGACUGAAGCUGAUGCUGGUCACACUGAGUUUACUGAUGAAGUAUAUGAAAACGAGAGUCGCUAUCCUGGUGGGGAAUGGAAAGCAGCUGAAGAGAGUUUCACAGAUGUGAAUGGAGAAAAAGCUCCUCCACCACGUGAGUUCACAUGUCCUCUUGGAUGGAUGUGGGAAGAUGAUGCUUGGAAAUCUGAUUUAAACCGAGCAGUGGAUGAACAUGGAUGGGAAUAUGGAAUUACUAUUCCUCCAGACACUAAACCCAAGUCAUGGGUUGCUGCAGAGAAAAUGUACCACACACAUCGACGACGAAGAUUGGUGCGGAAGCGUAGGAGGGAUUCAGCUGAAGCAGUAACAGCAGGAAGAGGAGUAUCAUAUGAAGAUCAAGAAGGAUGGGAAUAUGCUUCCUUGAUUGGCUGGAAAUUUCACUGGAAACAACGCAGCUCUGACACUUUCCGCCGCAGACGAUGGAGACGAAAAAUGGCUCCUUCAGAGACACAUGGUGCUGCAGCUAUCUUUAAACUCGAAGGUGCUUUGGGAGCAGACACUAGUGUGGAUGAUGGAGAAGCAAAGAGUUCAGACAAAGCCAAGGAGGCAGCUACAAAGGUGUUUGGUGCCAAUACACCACUUGUUUCCUGCUACUUUGACAGAGUAUAUACUUACCACCUUCGCUGUUACGUCUACCAAGCAAGAAACCUCAUGGCUUUAGACAAAGACAGUUUUUCAGAUCCAUAUGCUCAUGUGUCUUUCCUCCAUCAAAGCAAAACAACUGAGAUCAUUCAUUCAACUCUAAAUCCUACAUGGGAUCAAACUCUCAUAUUUAAUGAAAUUGAGAUCUAUGGGGACCCACAGACAGUAGCCCAAAACCCACCCAGUGUUGUUAUUGAACUUUUUGACAGUGACCAAGUGGGUAAAGAUGAAUUCCUUGGCAGAAGUGUUUGUUCCCCCAUGGUCAAGUUAAUGCCAGAAGAGGACAUCACACCAAAACUGCUCUGGUAUCCUGUAAUAAAUAAUGGCAAAGCUAGUGGAGAUAUUCUUUUUGCUGCAGAACUUAUUUUGAGGGACAAGGGUGGUGCCAACCUUCCAAUUCUUCCGUCACAAAGAGCACCGAAGCUUUACAUGGUACCCCAAGGAAUCAGACCAGUAGUUCAGCUCACUGCUGUUGAGAUUCUGGCUUGGGGGUUGAGAAACAUGAAAAACUACCAACUGGCACCUGUUAUGUCUCCGAGUCUCAUUGUGGAAUGUGGUGGUGAAAUGGUGGAAUCUGUGGUGAUCAAAAACCUCAAAAAGACACCCAAUUUUCCAUCUUCAGUUCUCUUCAUGAAAGUU